AUGGCCAUGGUGGCCAUCGGAGCGGCAGGAGGAAAGAGUGACGGAAAAGACAUGUUCCUCGCCGCAAUCCAGGAAGCUGCUGAAUCAUCCUCACCACCCGCUCCCACUCCCACUCUCAGUCCCCGUUCUUCUCACAGCGUCAUCCUUAGCAAGGUUGUCAUAGUCAACCAUGGCACGGUCCAGCAGCAACAGCCAUCUUCAGUAGCAGCCGACAGCGACACGGAUGUCGCCCACGGCCUUGCUCACGAUUACAGUUCCGGCCUGAAAAGACGGACAGGCAACUUUUCAGGCAACAUGUCUCCUGUUGUGGCCCCAAGCUCCUCUGAGCUCCGUCCUGCUCCCGAGGGUGGUCUAGAUCCGAUCUCACGGGUAUUGUAUACAUACCCACCCAUGUGUCGCUCGCCAGCUCAUCCAAACGUGCAGCAAAUUCUCGAAAGGACCCAAUCCCAGAGCAAAUUGCCCGGGCUUUCGCAAGGCGGUGUGCCUGCCAGGUCGCUUUAUGCAGACUCCGGUUACUCCGAUGAUCAGUACUCGGGCAUCUUGAAAUCCGAGCCGAGUUCUUUGCGACGGGUCGAUAGUAGCAACUCCGGCAAGGAAAAGAAGUAA